AUGACCUUGUCUGCUGUUCUGGAGCGACUCGGUCCUCACUUGGCUCAGAUCAAAGUGCUGCACAAAGUUUUCUGCACAGGAGUGGCUGAAGUUCCACCUGCCACGCCGAAUGUUGUGCGGGCCUCUCACUUGCUCAACAUCCUCUACAAGGCUAUCAUAGAGUAUGACAGCGGUGGAGAAGCUUCAGAACAAACGGUGGCUCUGCUGUUUUCUUUAUGGACAGAAACAGUCAGGCCAUAUUUAGAAAUUGUGGAUGAGUGGAUUGUUCAUGGCCAUUUGUUUGACCCUGCCAAGGAGUUCAUCAUCCAAAGAAACAAGGAUGUCGCAGUAAACCACAGGGACUUCUGGUAUGCCACGUACACCCUGUACAGUGUGUCAGAGAUGGUGGACGAGGAGAAGAUGAACGAUGCAGCCAGUUGGAGCUCAGGAGGAGAGCAGAGCUCCAACAAGCAGCUCACCAUGGUGUCCUUCCUCAAACCUGUCUUAAAGCAGAUCAUCAUGGCCGGGAAGUCCAUGCAGUUGCUCAAAAAUCUGAAUUGUAUGGAGACUGAGAAAUCAGAGGAAUCCUCUAGAGAUGCAGAGCGGAAGAGUUUAUACACGCUAUUUCUGGAGUCGGUGCAGUCACGUCUCUGUAGCCAAGAAGAUAGUCCAACAGAUGCUGUGACUGAGGAGCAGGCAACCACCAGGAGUCUGAUAAAGAUGCAGUCCAUCAUGGCACAGCACCUGGAGACUGAUGACGUCCACGAUCCAUUAUUAGCCAUCAACUUUUCCAGGCUGUACUUGGAGCAGAGCGAUUUCCACGAACGUUUCUCUGGAAGCGACUUCAUCGUGGACCGCUCGUCUCAGUCAGUCACCUGCCAGACAUUUGAGCUCACCCUACGCUCCUGCCUCUACCCCCACAUCGAGAAGAGAUACAUUGAGUGCUGCGGGAACCUGAUGAAGACUUUGAAAAAAGACUACAAGCUGCUGGAAUACCUGCAGGCGAUGAGGAACUACUUUUUGUUGGAAGCUGGAGACACCAUGUACGACUUUUACACAGCCAUCUUUGAUAAGGUGCAGGAGAAGGAGAUCUGGCAGCAGCCCUCGUUUCUCAAUGUGCUGCUGCAGGAGGCAGUUGGACAUCGCCACCCGGAGGACAGCAGCCGGUUCCCUGGCCUGUUGAUGUUGUGA